UAAAACGCACGCGUGGAAAAAAGCUGUUAAAGGGAACCCGGGUGACGAACACCAGCCGGUCAGAAAGACUUGCGCAAGCUUUUCCCAAAGGCUAGCCUAGUGUGGAACUUUUCAUCGUCUGCCCCUUUAUAGGUAUUGAAGGAAGAAACCGAUGCCCUUGCAGAACUGUUGCUAUGAAGAUGAUGUCAAAGCCAGCUGCAAUUUGGAGCUUCGCGCUGUUCGUAUUGUUCACCCCGACGAAUGUAAAAGGUCAGUGCACCGACACCCAACUGCCGAAUGUACUUGCAUUGGGAACGUGUCUCGGCCUGACUCCCGACUACUGCUCGGACCGACCUGAAAAUGCGACGGUAGAAGUUAUAAGAAUUUUUACGUGUGUAUUUAGAAUGAUGCCACAAGUCACAGGACCGAUUCAAGCUCUCUUCUACCUAAGAGCAUUAAUCGCUGGAGUGCUUUCCAGGGCGCAAUCAGAUGCCAACCCAUUCGCAGUAGCCAACAUGCUGUGCAACCCAUUCGGGCUACCCAUGUUUAGUUGCAGCAAUGGCCUUCCUGGCACAAUCACUUGCGGGCCACCCAUAAACAUCAGUCUGCCAUCUUCCUUUGGGAUCAGUGACUGCAUCAAUUCAUCGCGCUUGGUCUGCUUGGAAGGCGAAACACUCAGAAAUGACACUAUGAACGAGCUCCUCGACUUCCUUGUGUGUCUCCUGAGACGGUCUCCCGGUGACGGCGGAACUCUUGCGGGCCGGCUGGCCUGCACACUCGCCCAGUUGGUGCAGCUGUCGGCGCAGCAGUUCACCACCGCAUUUCCUCUUCCGCUGCUGGCGACAGGAAUUCAGAUGUCGGCCAACCGACUGAGCACGGAGCUGGCGUUGCGCGCCCGCUGCUUCUGAGACCACUGACGGCAAACAGAGCCUGCUAUGCUUACCACAGUUAUGCGACGUUGUACGACAUAGCACUGCGCGAGCUCGAGGUGACAGGUUCGAUUCCGGUUGUGGAGGCCACGUUCUGACGGGUUCACGUUAGUACCGAAUUGACCGUUGGGGGAUCGCAGUUCAGUACCAAGCUUUGGGUUGACGUUAAAGAGCCCCGUGUGGCCAAAAGUCUCCUAGGAGCUCCACUAAGAAUAGUGGAGGUCCACUCUUCUUAGUGGAGGUCUCGAGACGUCCACCAAGGCGUCCUUCAUAGCACACUGUGCAUGUUCGGGACGGCAAACCGCACAAUUAAAUUUUGAAUUAUACUUACAACAGCAUUAAGAAACUCAGAGCAUAAAAGAACGCGUUUCUGUGGUAGUUUGUUCACAUUUACACGCUUAAAAUAGAACGAACACAUAUUUAGAAGUCGUAUAUACUGUACCUCACGCUUAAUAAGACUGACAUAGUUGAAAUCGAGCAAAUAUGAAGGUAGGUCAAGAAUAUAGGGUAUCUAAAGGUGGUUUCGAUAUCUCAAAUAUGGCGUCAUCGACAUUGUUGUGACGUGUGACACGGAACAACAUUGCUUCAUGUCGUGUGGCAAUAAGAAAAAAAAAAGUAACAAGAAUGUUAUGUUGUGCACAUUUUUUCAGGCGGCGGUUUUGUGUCGCAGCUGCAUCAAUUGCAGAAACAGUGAGAACCAAUAAGUAACGAUUUCAUGAUGCAGUCGCCGGCAGGGCAGCGAUACCAAAGUGGUUAGUAUGAACAAGUAACAAAAAUUUUUAAAUGCGUUGUACGUGCCAAAACCGCCAAAACCAUGAUAUGAUUAUGAGGCAUGCCGUAUUGGCGGGCUCCGGAUUAAUUUUCACCAACUGGGGUUCUUUAACGUGUACCCAAAGCACGGUAAACGGGCGUUUUCCCAUUUCGACCCCAUCGAAAUACGGCAUCCAUGGCCGGGGUUUGGUCCCGCGCCCUAGGGCAUAGUAACGUUAUGCUGAAGCCACUAUACACCACCACGGCGGAUGUACGCAUAAACAAGUAGCGCAGUAAACUAUUUACGACGCGCUGACACAAUUCAGUAUAUUUUCUAUGGUUCAGACAAUGUGGAACUUCCCUCAUAGCAAAAAAAAAAGACAAGUAAGAAAUAUUAUGACAGCAUUGCAUUAAAUAGGAGCUCACUUUACACUAUCAAGGAAACAUGCACAGAAUAGGUGAUAACUCGCAAGCAAUCUUGAUUCGCAGCUGAAGAAGCGGAAACAUUUUUACAGCCAUUUGGACAACCUAUCUAUGCAGGUUUAUCAUCGCUAUAUUUUUUCCGGGAACCUUGGUUCGGUCCUGCGCAACCUAGCAUAGGCGGCGUUAAUAAAGUCCUUCGCAUUCGGGUGACAUAAAACGCUGCCAUUAAUUACCAUGCAACCAUGUCUUCAACGUUACCCGGAGCUCAGAUACUAGGACGCAUAGGCCCCAGGUGCAGUGACAACAGUUUGCUGGCAAAUUCCCCACAGCUUAUUAGUGACAAAUUGGCUGCGUUCCAGUCGGCCACGUUUCGCAGCAGUGAACAGAGGUUCCUGAAAGAAAGAUAAACAGCUUCUAAUUAAUGUGUGCAGCUAGACCGUCGGUUGAGUAAUGACGUUACACAUCCUUCCGCUUAUGCGGGAUGCAAUCUGUGUCGCGCAACCACAGCUAUCGCGGGCGCCGAAACGUGAAUAAAAUAAAGAUGCAAGCAC